CACAAUUCUGUUGACUGUGAAAUUGUUCUGUCCUAUUGUUUCUGUCUGUUUCUAUUCCCUGGUCAUCAUUUUGCCAUUCACGUCUCACCCAAUUACAUCGUCUAGUUCAAAUCUAUCCCUCUUGUCAUACAGGGGGACAACACAUUGUAACCCCGCCCAGGCAAAUCGGAGAGCAAGGGGCAGCAGCGGGAGAGACAAUUUUCUUGCCAUUUAAUUGUUGUUGGAUUGAAGCUCUUAUUUCUGAUUCCCAGCAUAAAACUACAGAACUCACCUUUAUCUGUCACCUUGGGCUGUUGGAAUUUCAAGAAGAUGGCGGGUACAGAGAGUGGUGGUGGCGGCCAGCCGCCUCAGAUCUACAGUGCUGUUCUGGAGGAGAUCCUCUCGACACUGAAGAAAAUGCAGGUCGACCACGCUCAACUCUCGGCCAGCGUGGAAGCUCUUCAAAGCAAGGUCGGGGUUUCGGAUUCCAUCAAUCGGCUUCGAGGUGCCGCCAACAACACCGACACCUCCACCACCAGACUCGGUAGCCUGGGCUCACCCAGUCUCGAUCCCGUACAACUGGCACAGUCUGCCAAUGGAACGGCGUCGCCACCGUCAACGACCGAUGGCACGUCAGGAUCCUCCAAAGCCCCAGGAUCACCGACUGCGAGGAAGCCAUCCACCAUCUCCCGUAUCAUCCUCACCACGUACCCGGGUCAAUCGGGCAUCGACCCCAUCCCCCUCGAAUGGGGAGAAGGGGACGCGGCGAAACGUGGGCCCGUGGUCGUGAGCCGACACCACAACACCAUCCGUCGACGCAACGCCAUCGGCGCCCACGGCGGCUCGUACUCGAUCUACCACGCCCUCGCCGUGGCCAGCAACCACCUCGACAUGGAACACAAGCCCGACUUCACCAACACCGAACCCGCCGCGCUCAUCGGUCCGUUCCCGGCGUGGGGCGACAGGAAGAAGAUCGUGGCCAUGGACCCGUUCGGCCACCUCGCCCCCUGGCUGUACAAGGACAUCAUGCAGGCGCAAGACAUCGACAUCAAACCCACCAUCGCCGUGACCAAGGCUCACAUGAAGAUCCCCGAGCUCGAGCAGAGCGUGCGCGCCGGCCGGCUGAGGCCCGACGGCAAGAUCUGCCUCAACGAGACGGGCGAACUGAGCGUGACCAAGUUCGCCGUCGAGCCCGUGUGGUACCUACCCGGCGUGGCCGAGAGGUUCGGCAUCGAAGAGAGCGCCCUCCGCCGGGCCCUCUUCGAGCACACGGGCGGGUCGUACCCGGAACUCGUGACCCGGAACGACAUCAAGGUCUUCCUCCCCCCGAUCGGCGGCCUGACGGUGUACUGCUUCGGUGACCCGGCCAAGAUGUCCGACCCCGACGUGAAACUGGCCCUGCGGGUGCACGACGAGUGCAACGGCAGUGACGUGUUCGGAUCCGACAUUUGCACGUGCCGCCCUUACCUGAUCUUCGGGAUCGAGGAGGCCGUCAAGGAGGCCCAGCGGGGAGGUUCGGGCGUCGUCAUCUACUUCCGCAAGGAAGGUCGGGCGCUCGGGGAGGUCACAAAGUACCUCGUGUACAACGCGCGCAAGCGGGGCGCCGACCGGGCGAGCGAGUACUUCAAGCGCACCGAGAACAUUGCGGGGGUGAAGGACAUGCGUUUCCAGGCCCUCAUGCCCGACAUCCUGCACUGGCUGGGCAUCACGAAGAUCGACCGCAUGCUGAGCAUGAGCAACAUGAAGCACGACGCCAUCGUCGAACAGGGGAUCCCCAUCCACGAGCGGGUGCCGAUCCCCGACGACAUGAUCCCCGAGGAUUCUCGCGUCGAGAUCGACGCCAAGAUCCACGCCGGCUACUUCACCACGGGCAAGGUCAUGAGCAUGGAAGAGCUGAACGCCGUCAAGGGCAGGAGUUGGGAUGACAUCGAGCAUUGAGUGCUUUUCGGAACCGUGGGGUCGUGGGACGAACGGAGUGAGGCUUUGUCGGGUUGAAACUGUACGGAGAGAGCGGAGGAAGGUCCUCUCGACGGGGCACGUGAGAAGAGGACGUGAUGGGUUGGAAUACUUGCUUGAAAUUCUUUGGGGGGGAACAAACCUCUUUGAUGGCAGGUUGGAUGUUUUUUGUCAUUUUCGAAUAGCUGAUGUUGGGGUGUUGAUGUUGUUUGUUUCUUGGUGGUCAUAUGGUGAUUCGAGAGACAAACGUUGAGGCCUUGCCGUGCCGUACUCAGAGAGAGAGAGAGAGAGAGUCGCGUCAUCUUGCUUGCAGGACCUGAAAAACAACCUCGUAUGAAGAAACCGUGUGGAGUAGAGAAUCGGACAAGAUGUUGAUUGGUACGUCGUCGAUAGCAAACAUGAGUCGAGGUAGACCUUUGGUGAAGAAGUCUUGUUUGCGAAUGUGAAUUUUGAUUUGAGAUUUG